AUGAGAGAGCCUAGAGAUGGAGCCAGCAAGCCCUCCAAAUCCGCAUCGUCGGCUACCUCCUUCCCUCUCAUUCUCGACAUCGACGAUUUCAAGGGAGACUUCUCGUUUGACGCGUUGUUCGGGAACCUCGUCAGCGAGCUUCUUCCGUCGUUCAAAUUGGAGGAUGCGGAAACGGAAGGCGGCGAUAGCAUGCAGAGCGGGCAUCUCCGAGCGCCUUCCGACAUGUCCAAGUAUUCCUCCCAGGUCAUUGUGAGUCCGUUGUUCCCCGAGGUUGAGAAGCUCUUGUCGUUGUUCAAGGAUUCUUGCAAGGAGCUGCUUGAGCUUCGUAAACAGAUUGAUGGGACACUCUACAAUCUUAAGAAAGAUGUUUCAGUUCAAGACUCUAAGCAUCGAAAGACACUUUUUGAGCUAGAGAAAGGUGUGGAUGGAUUGUUUGAUAGCUUUGCGAGGUUAGAUUCGCGAAUUUCAAGUGUUGGCCAGACAGCUGCAAAGAUAGGUGAUCAUCUUCAGAGUGCAGAUUCUCAGCGAGAAACUGCCAGUCAAACAAUUGAGCUGAUAAAGUAUUUAAUGGAGUUCAAUAGCAGCCCAGGUGAUCUCAUGGAGCUUUCACCUCUUUUUUCUGAUGACAGUCGUGUUGCCGAGGCUGCUUCGAUUGCCCAGAAAUUACGGUCAUUUGCUGAAGAAGAUAUUGGAAGACAUGGAAUACCUGUCCCAUCAGCUAUGGGAAAUGCAACAGCUAGCAGAGGAUUAGAAGUUGCAGUUGCUAAUUUGCAGGAAUACUGCAAUGAACUGGAGAAUAGAUUGCUUUCUCGGUUUGAUGCAGCAUCACAGAAAAGAGAAUUGACCACCAUGGCAGAGUGUGCCAAGAUUUUGUCUCAGUUCAACAGGGGUACAAGUGCCAUGCAACAUUAUGUGGCAACACGUCCAAUGUUCAUUGAUGUGGAAAUAAUGAAUGCAGACACUAAGCUGGUUAUAGGCGACCAGGCUGCCCAAUCUAGCCCCAAUAAUGUUGCUCGUGGGCUUUCCUCCUUGUAUAAAGAAAUCACAGAUACUGUUCGUAAAGAGGCUGCAACAGUCACUGCUGUAUUCCCCACACCAAGUGAAGUUAUGUCAAUUUUAGUUCAGCGAGUUUUGGAGCAGCGAAUCACUGCCCUUUUGGACAAACUGUUAGAGAAACCAUCUCUUGUCAAUUUACCUUCCAUGGAGGAAGGUGGGCUCCUAUUAUAUCUUCGAAUGCUGGCAGUGGCAUAUGAAAAGACCCGAGAACUAGCAAGUGAUCUACAUGCUGUAGGGUGUGGUGAUUUGGAUGUUGAGGGUCUAACAGAGUCCCUAUUUUCAAGCCACAAGGAUGAAUAUCCUGAAUACGAGCAGGCAUCUCUUACGCAAUUAUAUAAAGUGAAGAUGGAAGAAUUACGAGCUGAAAACCAGCAGAUUUCUGAUUCUGGGACAAUUGGACGCUCAAAAGGAGCUUCAGUAGUUUCUUCUCAGCAGCAAAUAUCUGUUACUGUUGUGACAGAGUUUGUGCGUUGGAAUGAGGAAGCAAUCUCAAGAUGCAUUCUCUUUGCUUCCCAGCCUGCAAUACUUGCAACCUAUGUAAAAGCAGUGUUUACUUGCCUUCUAGACCAAGUUAGUCAAUAUAUAGCUGAUGGGCUUGAACGGGCCAGAGACAGCCUGACUGAAGCAGCUAAUUUGAGGGAAAGAUUUGUGCUGGGUACAAGUGUUACCCGUAGAGUAGCUGCUGCAGCUGCAUCUGCUGCAGAGGCGGCUGCUGCUGCUGGUGAAAGUAGUUUCAGAUCUUUCAUGAUUGCUGUACAACGAUCUGGAAGCAGUGUAGCUAUUAUUCAACAAUACUUUACUAAUUCUAUAUCUCGGCUUUUGCUCCCUGUUGAUGGUGCACAUGCUGCUGCUUGUGAGGAAAUGGCUACAGCAUUGUCAAGCGCAGAGGCAGCUGCUUAUAAAGGAUUACAACAGUGCAUUGAAACUGUCAUGGCUGAGGUUGAGCGGUUGCUUUCAGCUGAACAAAAGGCUACAGAUUAUCGAUCACCAGAUGAUGCAAUUGUUCCUGACCACCGGGCAACUAGUGCCUGCACAAGAGUUGUUGCUUAUCUUUCCCGUGUGCUGGAAUCUGCAUUCACUGCUCUUGAAGGCCUUAACAAACAAGCAUUCCUGACUGAGUUGGGGAACCGCUUGCACAAGGUGCUAUUAAACCAUUGGCAGAAGUAUACUUUUAAUCCAAGUGGGGGAUUGCGACUGAAGCGUGACAUUACUGAAUAUGGAGAAUAUCUGCGUAGUUUCAAUGCUCCUUCUGUUGAUGAAAAGUUUGAAUUGUUGGGCAUAAUGGCCAAUGUAUUUAUUGUUGCUCCUGAGAGCCUUUCGAGUUUGUUUGAGGGCACACCCAGCAUACGGAAAGACGCACAAAGAUUUAUUCAACUUCGGGAUGACUACAAGGCUGCCAAACUUGCGUCCAAGCUGAGUUCCUUGUGGUCUUAA